CUGCUCGGUUUUCUGACGCUGGCUGUGCUCGAUUUCUUUCUGGGUGUAUUGUUUACCGUCGAUGAAGCGCAUGGCGUAGCGCAUAUCUCGACGAGACAAUUCGAGCUGAACACCGACCCGAUGUACGAGGGCACGAAUUGCUCACGCAUCGGUUUCGAGACAAAGUCGUCGCACGAGAGCUUCUUCACCGUGUUCGGCGUCUUCUUCGCCAAUUUCCUUGGUGUCCUGGCAGGCGUUAAUAUGAGCAGCGAUCUGAAAGAUCCACACCACAGCAUUCCUGUGGGUGAGCUGUCCGCUGUUGGAGUCAGUUCAAUCGUGUGUUUUUUCUUCAUCAUCGCACUGGGCGCGGUGGUGGAUCGAGAGUAUCUGCUGUGUGAUUCGUUGAUCGCCGAACGGGUCUCGUUGACCGGGGUGUUGUUUCUGUGCGGGGUGUAUGUGUCGUCGUUGAGCUCCACGAUCGGCGCCUUAUUGGGCACUCCACGUGUCAUACAGAGCAUCGCUGCCGAGGGCAUUAUUCCGGUGUUGAAUCCGCUGGCAAUUGGUGUAAGUUUACCUGUUUAA